CACCCCAUACUUCGCCCUGUUCGGUCAGGAAAUGUUCACGGCCGGUAGCGAUUAUAAACUAGCACGAAAAUUAAUAUCUUUAAGCGAGGGCGAAUUAGCGAUCGUUAACCGCGAAGAUUAUAUGCAAAUUAUACGUGAAAGGAUUAAAGCCAAUUUAUGAUAGGCGGAAACGAAUGAUCAACUUUCGCCCGGGCCAAGAAGUAUUUAGAAAGAAUCACGUCUUGAGCGACUUCAAAAACAAUAUUAACGCAAAAUUUUGCCCCAAAUAUAUCAAAUGUCGCAUUGUUAAGCCAAUUGGGAACAAUAUGUUCGAAGUCGAAAACCUUCAAGGGAAAUCACUCGGCACGUGCCAUGUGAAAAAUUUGAAACAGUAACCGAAUGUAAAGCGAAUGAGAAUGCCCGGUCUAGCUCGCGGUAAGAGAGAUGAAUUUAUCUCAGGGCGUGGGUGUAGCCUACGCUGGGCGCCUUGCAAAACAAAGUUGGCGCUCCACAUCUUUCCACCCUCGCAGCUGCCCACGCGGGAGCUAACAGUGGCUGAGAGGGUGUGCUGUUAUGGGAGCGCUGGAUACCCGUGAUUGCUGGUUUGCGAUCCAUUGUCUGGCUCAGCGCGUCCAGUAG